GGCUUUGAGUUGGGAACCGUUGCUCGCCUUUUUUUUUUUCUUUUUCCUCCUUCAUUUCUUUAUUUCUUUUUUCCCUUCUUCUUCUUCUUCGUCUUCAUCCACCUUAUCCCUCUGCCAUUUCUGUUCUUUAUUUCUUGUUCUGCUAUUCUGAUUGCUUUGUCUCCCCCUUUGUAAACUCACCUUUUCUUUCCUUUUCACUCUUUUCUCUUUCUAUCUAUCUCUCUAUAACACUUCCCCAUCCACAUCUCUACCUUUUCUUCUUUCAUUUCUGUAUAUAAUACAUACCUCUUUACCUUUUUCAAGUCUUCAUACUCAACUGCUGCCACUUCGUUUUGAGCUUUUAUUAUUUGUCCCUUGAAAUAACCCAACACCAAAUAUGAAUCACUGCGCCAUUCUGUCAAACGCCUUCUCGGGCCACGAGGAGAUGAGAACCUCUGUUCCUUGUCCCAUUUCUGACUUCAGAGAUCAACUUGUUUGCCCUAAACCACGUCGUCUCACCGUCAACGCCCACUCCGAUACUUCCCUUCGAUGGAAUCUAAGUCACCAAGUUGAGCCAAUCGACAUGGCCGCCGGACCGGAUCUCCUUGACUUCCUCCUGACGAAGGGCGGUUGCAGCGUGGACCAAUCGUUUACGCAGUUGGCUUCGUCGCCCCCGUUUUUAUGUGGGUCGCCGCCGAGCAGAGUAGCCAACCCUUUGAUUCAGGAUGCUCGAUUUAGAGAAGAAAAAUUCAUCCCCUUUACUCCGAUUGCUUCGCCGUCCGGUCAGUUGUCGCCGUCUACAUCCUCCAGGAAAGGAGGCCGCGUAAGGGCGAGUUUUGGGAACAAACCAACGGUGAGGAUUGAGGGUUUUGAUUGCCUUGAUAGGGAUAGGCAAAAUUGCAGCAUCCCUGCUUUCGCCUAAAAUACAAAGACAAAAGUCAUCUUCGUAUUACAGUUUCAAGAAAAGCAAGAUUCCCAAUACAAAUAGAAGAAAAAAAAGAUUCAAAAGAGAUGAGUCUCUCAAGAGAAGAAAGGUUACAAUUACAAUUUGCCUUCUUUUUUGUGAAUAUGUUUGAAGUGUUCUUUGUAAAUGUAAAUAAAAAACUUGCCCAUGUAUACUAAAGCUGUGUAUUUUAAGGCUUUUCCCUUUUCUUUUCUCUUUGAGUUGAGAAGAAUGCGACGAGUGUAUGUCAACCUCUUGUAUUAUAUUUUUGUAAUUAGAAGUCUUAAGGUUGAGGAAAUUUUCAUUAGAAAGUUCAAAGUGAGAAAGAUCCAAUCUGUACAUAUUGCAGAACUUGAACUCGAGUCUGUUGAAGUCAUCGAGAUGUGAAUAUUGUACAACUAAUUGUGAAUUUUGUUCA